GUGGAUAAUUUUUUGAUUGAUUUUGUUUUUUUGUUGAAAGUUUAGUUAGAUAGUUGUUGUAGCAGUUGGUUUGUUGAACGAAUUUAUUUGCAGAAAUAAUGGACGAAUAAAAUUAUAAUCUUCACUCGAUGUAAUCUAUUGUUUGUCUAAUAUACCAAAUUAUGAUCUAGUUCUACCUAUACGGUGACCAAAUUAUGAUCUAGUUAUACUUAUACUACUCAACAGAGGAAAAACUGACAUUCAUGACCUUGUUUUUAGUGCUGAAUUAGUGCUUGGUUCAAAAUUUAAUGCUCUAUUUUCUAUCGAUUUAUGAAUUAAUAAUAGGGUGUUGCAUGAAUAGCGUUUAUUUACAACUAUUCAAAUUUUGUUAAACAGCAAUAUUGGGAAAUUCACACGAUCAAAAUUUGCUUCCGUCGUUAAAAUAUUACGGAAUAUUGAACACGACAUUUCAUAGCAAGCUACGUUCGCUAAGUUUAGUCCAGUCAAAAUCAUGAUUAUUAAUCCUUGCAAUACUUAUUUUCCCAUGCUUGUAUCCUAACAGAGGAUUCAGCUUGAGAACCUCACACAUAUAAUUAUAAUUUAUCAGUCUUGCUAAACAAAUUUUUUCGAGAACACUCGUCAUUGCAAUUCGUUUUUAUUCAUGUCUUUUUGCAUGUCUCUUUUCCAGAACUCAUAUCAACAUUUUUUACUUUUCGUUAAAUCAUUAAAUCGUGUAGAUUUUAUUAACCUCACUUAAUCAGAAUGACCAUGGGCUCAACAGCAAUGUGAAUGAAGCGUUACCCUACUUUAAACUGGGAUAUUGAGAUGACAGAAGAUGAGCAGAACAACAUUAUCACUUGUAAAACUAAGUUUGAAAACGUAUGGGAACACAAAGCACCGUACUAUUGCACCAAACAGGAGGAAUGUUGCUCAACAGAACUCAACUGGCACGGCUGUUGCCCGAAGCCGAUCUGGGGACAGCCAACUAUACAAACGGAGUACAUAGUAGCGAUAGCAGCCGUUGUGUGUAUCAUCAUACUUCUUAUUUUUGUAGGAAUAUGCGUAAUGGUGAGAAAGCGGCGGAAACACGACGCCCCUCACCGCACCCUAGCACCCUUCCCUUCAGCACCACCCCUGCCCUCAGCACCACCCUACCCCGGCACCAGCCCCGAACCAGAGUACAGCCAGGGAAAACCUCCCUCAUACUCAGAAGCCUGCCCGGAAAACAUGUAUCAUUUCAGCGGACCCGUUUGAGAGGGUACAGGUGACGUGGGGGUGAUGUGUGUGACACCAUGGUGAUAUCGUGAGGAAUACUGAACGAGUUGCUGUUGUUUUAUUUUAAAGAAUGUUUGGAGCGGCUGAUUCUUUUGAGAGAAAUGUUGAUGAUUCGAAUGACGAACUGGAACGGAUAAAAGAAUAAGAUCAGAUGAAAAUGAAUCACAUUGCAGGAGUAAAUUUGUGGGAAUCAGAAAGCUCAGCGAAUCAUCAAGACUGAAUAUUUGAUAAGUGGGGCCAGGAUCAAGGAUGGUCCAUGUUAUUUUGUAUUGCUUUUACAUUUAUAAUUUAUGGACAACUAAAGACUGAGUAAAGAAUGAAAACGAACGAUACGCUUGCACGUAUACCGAAAAGAACGCGUGAUGUAUUGUGACGUCAAAUUGUUUCAAAUAUAAAUAAAGAGGAAUUCGAGUGACAACCUGGCGUGGUUAACAAUAUUUCACAAACCUGGAAGUUGUUUUGUUGGAUGACUUUGUGGAGAGACACACAAACGUGGGUCAUGCACAGAAUGGAGCCUCGUCGGACCUGAAAAAUAGUUUCAAGUACAAGGGAGGGGAAGAUAAAACCUGACUGUAAUAAAGCCAGAUAUAAUCUCUUAUUCAAGGCAAGUUACAAGAAUGAAGAAUAAAGAUAAGCACUAAUUACGUAUAUCAUUGCUAAAGGGUGGUUUGUUGUUUCGUAACUGACGAUUUCGUUCAGAAAUAUAGAUGAUUUCAGAACUCAGAAGGAGAAAUAAAAGUCAAACGAAUAAUGCAAUUAUUGUAAUAUUAAAAGUUGUAUGGCAACCAUUGGUAGUAUUACGGCAGCUUAAAAUUUAGAAUUUGAAAGAAUUUGAAAGAAUCAGCAAAUUUCUCACUUCCUUACAACAACAGAUUUUUGUUUUAACUUUGGAUGAGUUUUUCCAGUUUUAUUGAUAUCGUGCAAUUGUAAAUCAAAAUUUAUUAACUAUUUGAUAUUUUGAUAUAAAAUGAGUUGAUUUAAAUAUAUAUGUGAUCAUUGCAAAUAAUGGUCCGAAUAA